CCGGAGGGUCAUGAUUUUCCCGCGUAUGCGCGUUUUCCAGGUUUUCCGGCUCUUCGAGCGCCUGGCAAAGUUUUCCAGAUUUCCGCACCAGUUCGACGCGUGCGGCUAUCAGAUCUAGCAGCGCCGGGACGCUCGAAUCGGUGCCAUCUGACGACGUCGCGUGGUGUUUUCAGUGCGCUACAGGUGUGUUUGCUGUGGAAUUUUCACGGGAAAUUUGUUGUAUGAUGUUGUCGCGUGUUCGGUGUUAUUCUUGUUAUUCGUUGAAUUGAUUCAGACUCUUCAGGCAUGGCAAUCGAAGACCCUGACUCCAGCAAUACCUCAAUACUCCUCUACAACCCCGAUUUCCCUCUGACAAACUCCACCAAUUUCACGGUAAUCGAAGACGAUUUGAGCAACUGGUGGGCGUUAUCUGCUCUAGGCUUGGUCUUGGGGACCGCAGCAGGAAACAUCCUAGUGUGUCUGGCAAUUUGCUGGGAGAGGAGGCUGCAGAAUGUGACCAACUACUUCUUGAUGUCGCUGGCAAUAACAGAUUUGAUGGUCGCUAUUCUGGUGGAUAUGUUGAAAAUGAGAGCUGAACCUCAAAUAUCCAUGAAUACUGUUAUCCGCAGAUCCGUGGAUAGGGCAGGUGAUGGUAACUCCCAACUGGUCAUUGAUAUGCAGUGUUCAGUUUCAAGAGAUCAUCCCUCUUUAGCAGUAUGA